ACAAGAAGUCAGCAAAGUGGAUUGGGUGAUCAGGUGCGUUUCUCUCUUGGAAGAGAUGGUCCUGGUCAUGAAACUUCUGUUCCUCACCUGCCUGUGGCCAACAGCAACGCUACACAGCUCUCACAGUCAGCACCACCACCUUCACCGUCGGCAGCAAUCAUCUUUCUCAAGAAAGCAUACCAGCAAACGAGAAAUUAAAAUGAGGAAACUUGACAGCACUAAAGUACGACCGCUUAAAUCUGAGCAGCUGCUUCACAUAGAGGACCAUGACUUUGCACUGCGACCUGGAUUUGGAGGGUCACCAAUACCUGUGGGCAUUGAUGUGCAGGUAGAAAGCAUUGACAGCAUAUCUGAAGUUGACAUGGACUUCACAAUGACAUUGUAUCUCAGACAUUACUGGAAGGACGAGAGACUUUCAUUUCGCAGUAACAAAAACAAGAGCAUGACCUUCGAUGGGCGACUGAUCAAAAAGAUCUGGGUACCUGAUGUGUUUUUUGUGCACUCCAAAAGAUCUUUCAUCCAUGAUACAACUGUGGAAAACAUCAUGCUCAGAGUAUACCCUGAUGGCAACGUUCUCUUCAGCCUGAGAAUAACAGUUUCUGCUAUGUGUUUCAUGGAUUUCAGUAGGUUUCCUCUGGACACUCAGAACUGUUCUUUAGAACUGGAAAGCUAUGCAUACAAUGAAGAUGAUCUGAUGUUGUACUGGAAACAUGGAAACAAGUCCCUGACCACAGAUGAGCAAAUCUCCCUCUCCCAGUUUUUCAUCGAAGAAUUCAGUGCUUCCAGUGGAUUAGCUUUUUACAGCAGUACUGGUUGGUACAAUCGACUUUUUAUCAACUUUGCCCUCCGGAGACACAUUUUCUUUUUUGUGCUACAGUCCUAUUUCCCAGCCAUGCUGAUGGUGAUGCUGUCUUGGGUUUCAUUUUGGAUUGACAGAAGAGCUGUUCCUGCCAGGGUAUCACUAGGUAUAACUACAGUGCUGACAAUGUCAACCAUCAUGACAGGAGUAAGUGCCUCAAUGCCUCAAGUGUCUUACAUAAAGGCUGUGGAUGUGUAUUUGUGGAUCAGCUUCCUUUUUGUCUUCCUGUCCGUCAUUGAAUAUGCAGCAGUGAACUAUCUUACCACGAUUGAAGAGAGAAAGCAACUCAAAAAAAGGGGCAAGGCCUCAGGAGUGUAUAUGGAUGCAGUGCAAGCCAUGGCUUUUGACGGCUGCUUUCAUGACACGGAUGACAUGGACCUGUCUGGUUUCUCAGACCCCUGUGAGGAGAAUGAGACUCGGACGAGCGAAACCAACAUCUCCAAUGAGGAACCAACUCGCCUAAAGAAAUCUCUGAAGGGAAACGUGGGCAGGAUUAUUUUACAGAACAAUCACGUCAUUGACACGUAUUCCAGGAUUAUAUUUCCCAGUGUAUAUAUUGUGUUCAACUUUCUUUACUGGGGUUUGUACAUAUGAGCAAAAAUCCUUGUAAGCGAGACGUUAUUUUGCGUAUGAGGGUAGAAUCAUACUUUGAAAACAAUGCAACAGCAGUAGAGGAAAGGGUUAGAAGUUUCCAGAACAGACUUCUGCCUCGAACCUGGGCUGGUUUGGUUAGCAGCAAAACUGCUGAUGAAAAACUUUCACGUCUGGUUCUUUUUCAGCUGGACUGUGCAGUGCUUCACUGGGGCAAUCCCAUGCAUAAGUUCCUGCUGUAGUAGCAUAGAAGCAGUUUGGUCACUAAGGGAGCCCUUUGUCACACACCUGAGCAGACAGCAGCUCCCACCUGAGGUAUUAUCCAGUCUCUAUCUACAUUAAACCAUUCCUCUUCAAUCAACCUUUCUGUUUGUUCUCCACUUGUGGUCCAUUUUUGUAGGAAUUGGCACCAAUCACCUUCAGAUAUCUCCUAUCCUUGUUUCACUUGCUGCAACCUGGGCAACCUGUGUGCACCUCAGAAGCCUCUGUCCUCAGAUGGUAACCAGGGGGGAAAAUAUGGUUAAGCAGUGGAGUAGGGACGAGGAGAAAGCAAGAAGCAAGGUUGAUGGGGCUUUGUAGGUUGUAAAUCGUCAACACCUCAAGAAAAACCCCUCACCCUUGUCAGCUGUCCAUGACUCCUCAUGGGACCUUUAUUUUGGAGAAAAUUUGCUCCCUAGUCCCUGAGGCAGCACAGGAACAAUGUCCCAAACCCAAUGUCUUACAGCCACCUCCCGGGUGGAUGAGCAGCAUCCCUGGCACAAGCUGUGCCCUUCAUGUGACACCCACACACCUCUGCCUCACACAGACCUGCUGUAAUCACCUGCUUCCUGCAGAACUGCCUGUGUGAUGAACACAGGCUUUGAGAGAGAGAGAUUUUAGAAAACUUUGUCAGGAGAACAAGCCAAACACAUCUUCAGCAGAAUCUGGUUCUGCUUUAUGUUGCACAUGAGUUUGGGGUUUUGCCCCCCCUCCUUCUCCCUUUGGCUUGAGGUUGAAUAUUAAGGUGAGGAGAAGCUGCACAUGCCUGUUUGCAGCAGUGAUCCUCAGCACAGGUCCAGGGACCUGGAACACUGAGACACACGGGAAUAAAAGGAAUCAGCUGUGCCAAAACAGACGUACGCAGGAAUCCUGUCGGUCUCAGAUGAAUCCUGCAUGGAAACAUCCUUAGGUUCAGGCUAAGGAGUUUGAAUCAAGAAUGUUCAGG